AUGGCAGCUUCGAUGUCUUAUGUUAACCUGGGCCUUGCUUCGCUCUUUGUCAUCGUGUUGUGUCUCGGACUGUCAUUAGCAGAUCAGUUUGGUUAUCCAUCGCUUGAGGAAGACAGUCUCGACGACGCAGUUUCCGCUGACAAAAGAUACGCCAUGAUGUCCUACGGCUAUGGACGGGGAAGAGGUAGCAGAAAUAGGUAUGACUAUUACAGAAACUAUUACGGCAAACGUUACAGGUACUAUUCCUACUGGCAGCCAUGGAACCGCCUCCCAAACAGGAAAUGCUACCGGCAGAAAUGUAACUCGAACAAAGACUGUUGUCGAUAUCACAAUAUUUGUGACAAAAGUGCCAAGAUAUGUUACGAUUGUUGGUAUGGUUACCCGUGCAGAAGCUCACGCGAUUGCUGUGAAAGAUUUCCCCACUGCAGCUCCAGAGCAAAAAUGUGUACAAAUUAA